AUUUUAUUACUUUUAUUUAUAAAAAAAAGAGAGAGAGAAAUUUCGAUGAGCACGGGGGGAAGCAGUGGCUUGUCUGCUCAACAGCAGCAAUCCUCAGCCGUUCAGAAUUUCAAACCCAAAUCGGAAUGGAAGCACGAAGAACAAGCCAGCUGUUUAUUAGUUUAUCUUCCUGGAUUUGCAGCGGAUCAAUUGACGAUAACGCCGGACUAUUCGGAUUCAAGUGUCCGAGUCGAAGGAAAGCGUCGGCUUCCUAAUAACAGAAUAUUGCCGGUCGAUGAAACCUUCGACAUUCCCCAACGUCUUGAUCUGUCCAAACUCGACAACCAGUUCGGACGAGGACUUCUCAUGCUCAAAAUACCAAGAAUUCCUAAUCUUCAACCCCAACAACAAUCAGAGGAGGAUAGCACCCAGCUUGAUCCAGAAACAACGCCUCCGGAACAAAAACAAGGCGCUGAUCGAGCUUCCGUUGACCGAAAAACCGAAGACGAGUCGGUCGAACGAGCAGCUAAACCAGAAAUAAGUACUUAUGAAGCUGCUGCACCAGCCAUGGAUGAAGCUGGAGCUGCAAAAACUGAUGAAGGAAAACGAGAAAUCAAGGAGACGCGGAGUGCUGUUACGAACAAUGGUGAUGGCACGAAAGACGAUGGAAGUACAAAAAGAGGCAAGGAACCAACCAUUGAACCUGCAACCAAAGUUGAAGAGGAAGCGAAGGGAAACAAAGAAACGGCGAAGGAAGAUAGGGCAUUGAUAAUUAAUAUGGGGAUAGCUGCUGUUGUUCUUAUGGGACUCGGAGCUUCUCUGUUGUAUACUUUAGGUCAUUCGUAAAUUGAAUUUCAAUGAAAUGUUA